AUGUAUCAAGUGCGAGCGACGAACCUGCAGGAGCUGGUGUACAAGAACGGCCAGGCGGGCGUCACCAAGGCCACUGUGUCCAUCACGUUCGACAACAGCGACAAGGCCGAGAGCCCUCUCGGCUACGAGCAGUACGACGAGAUCACCAUCACUCGACAGGUGGUGGUCGGUGGCAGGAACAAGUACGCCAUCAACGGCGUGAACGUGCAGAACAACCGGGUGCAGGACCUGUUCCGCUCGGUCAAGCUGAACGUCAACAACCCUCACUUCCUCAUCAUGCAGGGCCGCAUUACCAAGGUCCUCAACAUGAAGCCGCCAGAGAUUUUGUCAAUGAUAGAAGAAGCAGCGGGAACAAGAGCGUUCCACGUAUUUGGAAUAUCAAAACGGUGGAGCGAGAAUACGAACAAUCUGAGCAAAUUUUGCAUUGCAUUCAAGUUUGUCACCACGCAGGAGUCGUGCAAGAAGGCCGUAUCGGACGAGCAGGAGGUGCAGCACUCCAUCGAGCAGGUGCGGGGCCAGAUCGAGCAGGGCCAGCAGGACAUCGGGCGGUACGAGGAGGACAUCGGCAAGCUACAGCACCAGCGAGACACGGAAACUGGUGGUACUCUCGUCUCAUUGGAGGAGAAGCUAGAGGAGGAUACCAAAGUCGAGGCGAAAGCUAUUGCUGCCGUGAAGGGUGUCAAGGAUUCAGUGAAAGCCGAGGAGAAGAAGAAGAAACAACUGCAGAAAAGUUUGGCGGAUGACCGCGCGGCGCUGGAGCAGAGGCAGCAGGAGAUGAGCCGACUGCGCGCUGUGUUCGACGCGCUGCGUGAGGCCGACGCCGAGCAGGCGGCCGCGCUCGCCGCCGCCCAGAAACGCUUCCAGGCCAUUAGCUCGGGGAUGUUCAGCGGCGACGACGGCCAGGACGCCACGCUCGCUCAGCAGCUCAUGAAUGCCAAGUCGGCCAUCGCGGACUCGGAGACGGAGCGCAAGCAGGCGGACAUGAAGCUGAAGCACACCAAGCAGGAGCUGGCCAAGCGGCGCUCCGAGAUGAAGAAGACGGAGAGCGAGUACCGACGCGACUCGAGCCAGCUGCAGACGAUGGGGCCGACGCGGCCCGUCUCGAGUGAUAAGUCAAUGGGCCAGCUGCGGUACGACGAGGCCAGGGUGGACGUGCUGGAGACGGAGCGUCGCGAGCUGAAGCAGGAGCUCAGCCGGCUGAAGGAGAAGCUGGACCUGGUGCUCGACUACCGGGACCCGGAGAAGGGCUUCGACCGCAGCACCGUUCGCGGCGUGGUGGGAAAGCUUUUCAACAUGAAGGACGUCGCCACGGCCACCGCCCUGGAGGUGACCGCCGGCGGCCGGUUGUACAACGUGGUGGUGGACGAGGUGGUGGGCAAAAAGCUGCUGGAAAGGGGACAGCUGCAGAAGCGCGUCACGUUUAUCCCGCUCAACAAGAUCUCCAGCUCCAGCAUCGACAUGCAGACUAUCCGACACGCUGAGAAAGUGGUGGGCAAGGAGAACGGCGGACGGCGCUCUCCUGCAUCCAGCACGAGCCGCGUGGCGUUCGACCCACCGCGUGCAGCGCCGCGCUGUGAGCUGGACGGAGAUGUGGUGGACCCGGCCGGCACCCUGACGGGCGGCUCGCGCCAGGCGCGCUCCUCGGUGCUAGCCGAGCUGCACGCGCUGUACGCUGCCAGCAGCGGCUGCGCCAGCUGGAGCAGCGGCUGGCCGAGGUCGAGGCGGAGCUGUUCGUCGCUGACGGAGAACGGCGACAGCGGUCAGACGCGCGUGAGCGUGACCGGUGCUGCCCAGCGGUCAGACGCGUGCGCGCUGGUGCGGGAGCGGCUGCAGCAGACCACCCACUGCCAGCUGCAGCAGGAGGUGCAGCGCCUGGAACAGCUGAUCGGUCAGUGCUGCUCGGCGAUCACGCCCCCCCUCUCCGCUCGUGGAGCUGGAGGAAACGCAGUCGCGCUGUGCGGCGACCGGAAGGGGCAGCGAGCGCGCGUCGCCCACCUGGAGGAACAGAUCCGAGAUCAGCAGGCUGUGCGAGAACGCGAGCUGAACAGCGCCGAGGCCGAGGUCAAGGCCUGCAAGACACGGGCCGAGGAGACGCGCAAGGCCUGGCAGGAUCGGCAGCAGGUUACCGGGCCGGGUCUCACUCUCUCAGAGAGGAGGAGCAAGAUGCGCCUGGAGAUCGCCGACCUGGGCACCUCGGUGCAGUCGACUGAGGAGCAGAAUCGCGGCGGCGGAGACGGGCGCUGUCGCAGUACGCCGAGCGACUGGCCGAUGCUCAGACGCGGCAAGCAGGCUGCACAGGCGGCGCUUGCCCAGGCUCAGGCGGCCGUCAAGGCGCAAAAGGACGUGAUGAACGCCCAAAACAAGGAAAUCCAGCAGCUGGCCACGAAGAAGGAGAAAGUCAUCAGCGAUAAUCGCGACCGCGAGCUGGAGAUUAAGCAGCUGGACCACAAGCUCAGCAAGGCCAGGAGCGACGCCAAGGACAUGCAGGAGCGGGUGAGUCAGCGGCCGGCAGUCCGGGCUGAGCUGCAGCAGCGUUGGGAUGCUCCGACUGGAUAUAACUCCAAGCUCUGCAGGCCCCAGCGGCUGCCGCUGUUAAGCCCCACUGUAUAG